GGCACCCGCGGCUGGCGCGCUUGCGCCCUCCAUGCCUGCUCUGCCCGUAGCCAUGCUGAAGUGCGGGAUGACGGGCGGCCAGGUGAAAGUAUUUGGGAAAGCAGUACAAACGCUAUCACGAGUGAGCGAUGAGCUGUGGCUAGACCCAUCCGAGAAAGGUCUUGCUCUGAGAUCUGUGAAUUCUUGUCAUUCCACGUAUGGCUACGUCCUGUUUUCAUCUAUGUUUUUUCAACAUUAUCAGUGGUCACCCUUUGCCACGAUGAGUGAUACUGACUUACCACUGAAUUUAAAUUGCAAAUUGGCAAUAAAGUCAGUUCUGCCAAUCUUUAGAUGUCUGAAUUACCUUGAAAGAAGUGUGGAGAAGUGCACAGUAGUCGCCAGAGCGGAUAAAUGCAGAGUCGUCAUUCAGUUCUUCGGCAAGCAUGGUAUUAAAAGAACUCACAAUGUGUAUUUCCAAGACAGCCAGCCCUUGAAAAUUAUCUUCGAAAAGAGUCUGUGUGCGAAUAUCCUGAUGAUUAAACCAAGACUGCUGACUGAGGCCAUUGCUCUUCUGACAUCAAAUCAAGAGGAAGUCACCUUCUCUGUUACUCCAGGGAACUUUUGCCUCAAGAGUUUGAGUGGGGAAUUGCUGGAUUUGACCAGCUCUGUGUACAGUGAGAUGUCUUUUGGCCCGGAAGAGUUUGACUUCUUUCAGGUUGGACUUGAUACCGAGAUAACAUUUUGCUUUAAAGAACUGAAGGGGAUCCUCACCUUCUCAGAAGUGAUGCACGCACCUCUAGCCAUCUACUUUGACUUUCCUGGAAAACCGGUUGUUUUGAGUGUUGAAGACAUGCUCUUGGAAGCAAACUUUAUCUUGGCCACGUUAGUGGAUUAUCCGAGUAGAACAUCUUCACCACAGUUACUGCCCCUUUCCCAGGCACGAAGGUCACACCCCAUACAGUCCAGUGCCCCGGAGGAUAAAAGCAGAGUCAGUCAGACCCCAGAGAGCAUCUCUCGAGCAGCGCCCAAAAGACUAUUUCCCAAGGAUUCUCCUGACAGCAGCUCUGCAGCUGAAACCAAGAGAGCCAGCGCCGGCCAGGAUGACAUCUUCGAAGUGCCUGAAAGUGUUGUUAGUGACAUGGAGGAAGAGCGGAGCCCUUCACACCUCAGGAAGUUUUCCUGCAUGUUCUUUGGAGCUGUAUCUUGUGAACAGCAAGAGUAUGCCGGCCACCCCUUGGACAGCCUGGCAGUAGCAAGCGACAGUGAGGAGGACCCCUCAGCUGCUCUGGUUCCUGUGCGCUCUGCAGUGGGAGGCAGAAAGCAUGCAGUGAAGUCGGUGUGAGUCAUCUGCACACAGCAGCCAGAGCUCAGCCUGGAGAGGAACAAGGUAAGGUGGCGGGGGACAAAUGCCUGCCCACUGCUCCUCUCAGGUCUAGCUGCUUACGUGUAGAUUACGUGCAAACCUGGCACCAAAUGCACUUACGUAACAGCUCACGGUGUAGGACGCUCUCACCAAACCUGUGUACAGUCGGUUACAGGCAACAAAAGGAGCCGCUCAGGAACGUGUGCUUGCUGAGUCCUUGGAAAAGCACCAACCUGGAAGGAAGCAUCAACCCGGCAGGACUCAGUGCUGCCCACGUGCGUCAGCGGCUUCAGAAGUGAGAGCAGCGUUCUAGCUGAAACCAGAGGGACUGGGUUCUGUAGCUGCUAAGUGAGUCACAGCUACCCACGGGAAUCUAAUAAAAACCCAACUCCAUCCGAAAAUGUUCCUCUGUGAAUGAAAAUGGGCUUUCAAGAAGCUUUUAGUGGAAGCUGGCAAUGCCCACCUAUCUCAGCCUUGUCCUCUGUCGUAGGCUGAAGAUUUAGGAGUCUCAUGUUUACACUGAUAACUGGAUUUCAGACAGUCUUACCGGGCACAGAUGGCUGCAGAGCUACUCUGUAGGUCUCCCUGCCGAGGACAAGGCCUGGGCUCACACACUGAUGCAGCUCCCAAGCACCUAGAUCAGCAGCAGCCUGGCUGCAGCACCAGUCUGCCCAAGACAGUGACACUACGACACUAGCUGCACCCAGAGCUUUGCACUUCCAGUGGAGCACAAGGUGUGCGUGUGUGGUGCUGGGAUGGAAUCCGGGGCCUUGCACAUCCUAGCAUAGUGCUCUGCUACCGACCUCCUCCCCCCCAGCAGUGUUUUUGGUAGCUUCUUCACUCAGUACUGUCUGGAAGGCACAACACCCCAGCUACAAAACCCUCUAUUUUACACUCAAUUGUCAGUCGGUUUUGGUGAAUUUCUGAGGAAGGUAAGUAGCUGUUGAUAACUAGCCAUUCCGGUCCAUGCUCAGACAGUAAAGCACCACAGACACAGCUCCGAGGUGCUGGCUCACUGUCAGGCAGACCAAGAAUCUGGGAGCUGAGGGUGGGUGUCUCAGUUCCUGUCCAUUCAAACCAAAGGAGUGGCAAAUAGUAUAAAUACUAUAUUUAUUAAAUAUCUUUACAGUUUAUUUAAAUGUAUUUACAGAACUAUUCCUGCAUAAGUUAUAUUUCCAACAUCGAUUCGGGUCAUUGCCUCUGGUAGGACGCACGAUGAUAGUCUCAACAGAAAAGGCAGCGCAUCAGUACACACAGACUCAGACUUGCUUCGUCAUUUACUCAUCGUUGCCACAGACUACCUACUAACAGUUAUGUUUUGACAUGGACACUGCUUUAUUGAGAAGUUCAAUUUUGUGAUAAAUUUACUUUUUUGAAAGAAAUAGAAUCCAAAUGUCUUCUGUUUCAUAUUAUGUUGUUUUAUGUUUUUCUUUUCUUUUUUUUUUUUUUUUUUUUUUUGCUAUUGCAAAUUUUUUUAAAUGUAAAACUGUGACAAUUUCCAAGAAAGUGAGUGUUACAACUUUGCCAAAGAGAGCUGCUGUACAGUGACACAGAGCCAUGAACCUACUCAGACACGCACAGCUUCAGCCAAUCUCGCCAAUCCCGCCAGCCGCCUCCAAACCACUCCUGCCCUGUUUCCAUCUGCUGGCUACUCUAUCCAGAACAAAGGCAGCGGCAGCGGCAGCGGUGGAGGGCACUCUCCUGCCUUGGAGCUUAUACCCAGUCUCUCCAGACCCAGCCCAACCCAGACACAUACCUGGAAUGAAUUCUCUGUGAGUGAGUAGCCAAGCACACAGAUAACUCGGGAUACAUGACUUGUUCCCCUCACUUCUCUCUGUUUGUAAGACUCUAGCUACUUCAUCUCCACUUGAUAAUUUUAUACUUUUUGUGCGCAGGCAGCUUAAGUUCAUAGGAAGAAAUAAGGUUCUGAUAUGUUUAGAGUGCACAUUUUUAAAACAGAACAAAAUAAAAAUUUCAAGCAUGUGA